CCAAACAUGACUUCUUAAACCCUUUUGGCUUUUGCCAAACCCCUAAAAAAUAAAAUAUAUAUUUAUUCUACUUCUAUGAAAGAAAGUUGUCUUCUCCUUACUUUAAUUCAAAAGCUGAAAAUUUUCUACUACUAUUUCAUACUUGCUUUUGUCUUUUUCCCUUCUCCUCUCUUCCUCUUUUCCCAAAAACUCACUUCACCACCUCUUCUCUCUUUUCAAAUCUAGGGUUUUCAUUUUUUUUCUUUUCACUUUUCCUGUUUGAUACAGUUUUUUCUUACUUUUUCUCUUAAAAUUACUAUCUUGGUGGUGUUUUUGUACUAUAAAUCCUAGGCAUUUUUCAAAGUAAAGCUUAAAUGUGUGAUCUUUAGAAGUUCUGUUGGUUCAAAAUUCAAUCUUUAUGUAUUUUCAAGAUUUCAUUUUUUUUCUAGUUUUUAGCUUUUUAAUGAACUUCCUGAAAAAUCCAUCUUAAACCCUUCUGAGGAUUUUAAGAAAAUAAUAAUCUUUUUCAUGGUUUGAUUAGAUUUCUGUUGUUGGGUUUUGUGUUUUUGUUUGUACUUUAUGUUCCAUUUUGAAUUGGUUGAUUGAACUUCAAAAUUUUUUACCACCUUUUUAGUAAAAUAGAAGGAUCAAGACAUAGUUUUUCUUCUACUUCUGUUGUUGGGUUUUAUGUUUUUGAUGGUACUUUAUGUUCCAUUUUGAAUUGGUCGAUUGAACUACAAAAAGUUUACCACCUUUUUAGUAAAUAGAAGGAUCAGGACUCAGUUUUUUUCUCUUCUGGAGUUCAAAUUUUAGUGAGUAAAUGCAUGGAUAUAAGGGAAGGGAUGGCACUAUCUGGUUCUGCAGCUUACUAUCUUAAUAGAGGGAUUAGUGGUUCUGGUUCUAGUGUAGGUAGUGGGUCUGGGACACCUACAGGGGUACCUACCCCAUCUGGUUACAAGUCUCUUACAAAUGCUAACAUUGCAGUUCAAUCCAAUAUGGGGAGUAGUAGUGGUAAUGUGAACUCAGGAUACCAAGUUGAGAACUCAUCAUCCAAUUUUGGUCAUGGGGUUAACAUUAGUAUGACUUCCAGUGUUUCACCUGGUAGUGAUCCAGUGAAAAAAAAGAGAGGUAGGCCUAGGAAAUAUGGUCCUGAUGGGACCAACAUGUCUUUAGCAUUGUCCCCUUUGUCUAGUAACCCUCCAAGUGGGUCCAUUACCCCCGGGCCAAAGCGUAUCAGGGGCCGGCCUCCUGGAAGUGGGUGGAAGCAACAAUUGUCUUCUGUUGGUGAAUGGAUGAGCAGUUCGGCUGGACUGGCUUUCACUCCUCAUGUUAUACACAUUGGUGUAGGAGAGGAUAUUGCGGAAAAAUUGUUGGCAUUUGCACAGCAGAGGCCUAGGGCUUUAUGUAUCUUAUCAGCUAAUGGUGCAGUUUCAGCUAUAACAUUACGCCCCCCUGCCAAUUCUGGUGCCACUGUUACUUAUGAGGGCCGUUUCGAGAUAUUAUGUCUGUCUGGUUCUUACUUGGUUGCUGAAACUGGGGGCCCACGCACUCGCACUGGUGGUAUAAGUAUCUCAGUUUGUAGUCCUGAUGGCCAUGUAAUUGGAGGUGCUAUAGGGGGUAGGCUUAUAGCAGCCAGCCCUGUUCAGGUAGUCGUAUGCAGCUUUGUCUAUGAUCCAAAGGGAAAGAGCAAACCAGAAAGUAGCACUAGAGACGAGCAGGAGUCUGCUGAAAAGUCAUCUACACCAGUCAGUGCCACUCUGAAUCAAGGUCCUACUUCAGGGUCUGGUCGGGGUGUUUGGCCUCCAACUUCCCGAACAGAUGUGAGAAAUUCCCAGACCGAGAUUGACCUGACGCGUGGAUGACACAAUUCGCUGCAAUGCAUACAUGAGGAGUUUGUAUAUAUGUGCUAUUGUAAAUGAAACGCGCCAGGGGAUCAAGCUCCACAAUUUAACUCUCUGCCCAUUAGUAGAUGAUGGAUUAUGCUAACUUUGGUAACAAAAUUCUCCUUUUUAGGUACUGUUUAGUGGUAAGGUAGAGGAUGAUAUGGUUGUUACAAGUAAAAUUAUUGCUUCUUUAGAAGUGCUUUUGGUCUCUUUUCUGUUGUAACUUGGAAUAUUUUUUAUUUUUCGGACAAAUCAACAGGCCAAACAUGAGUUCCCCUUUUGCCUCCAUGUUCUGAAGGUAAGUUAUUUUCAUUCCA